AUAAAAUGUAAAAAUCAGUCCAGUCCAACUGUCCAGUCCAAUCCAACUGUCCAGUCCAGUCCAUGUUUUGUACUAGGCCUCCCAAUUUCCGUCAGCUUAAUCUUCCGGUGUCUUCCGGAUAGAAUACACACAACCACAAUAGUGACCACACAAGCAGACGGCAGCCCUAAUCUAUUUCUGCAGAGAUGACAACUCGUCCAGGCAAAAAUCCUCUGCUCCGUUCGAGCACCAAGACUUCUGUCUGGUCUCAAUCGAGUCCCGAAGUUGUGCGACUCAAAGAAGACCAGGAACGUAAACAAAACUGGAAGCGUUGGGGACCUUACUUAUCUGAACGGCAAUGGGGCACGGUUAGGGAAGAUUAUUCAGCUGAUGGGGGAUGGUAUGUUAGGAAAUAAACCAGAUUUUUAAUUCUUCUUGCUUGUCUAGUGUACUUUUGCUUGUACUAUUUCAAAUCGAUAGCGUGCAAACUUUACUAUAAUGACCUGUAAUUUUGUGACAUUUGUCAGAUAUUAAUUUGCUACAGUUUAUAAAUACGCCGCCACGCUUGUAUAUACUUCCAUAAAAGGGUUUUAAAAUUCCCAUGCUUAUUUAGUGUGCUUUUACAUGAUUUUACUGUAAAUAUUAGAGGUUAUAGACAUUCACUUUUAUAUAUAAAUGACCGGUAAAAAUUUGUGACAUUGGUAAAGCUGUAUAGAUCGAGAGGCUAGUUUCCUUUAUUGAUAUUUUUGCAUGAUUUUAUUAUGCUUAUAUUCACAGUUUUUAUUGCUAUCUAAUACUACAAUAGUAUAUUUUGCUUGAUUUUAAAUGUUAUAGCAUGCGCAAUUUGCGGUAACAAUGUGUGAAAUUCAGAUUGUCAAAUAUUAAUUUGAUACAGACGUUUAUAUCACACGAGUCAGUCCGAGUCACUUUCGUUUAUGAAUUUAUAAAACUGUACCAAUUGUUUACAUUUUUGUAUAAAUUUGUUACAUAACAACAGAUUUUUAUUGUGCUUUAUUUUGCAACAGUAUAAAAAUGAAAUAUAUUGUUAUGUUCCUAAAUUUCGAAUAAAUAUCAAUGCAUGUUUUGACCUACUUCCGCAUGCGAUUAUGAAAUCGAUCAAAUUUCAAAUUUCGCUGUAUUUCAACUAUUUCCAAGAGCUACGGUAAUUAUUUGCAUAUAUUUAGAUAAUAUAUCGAUGAAACGAGAAUGGGCUAAGUUUGCUUGCCUGAAAACUAGGAAACAUAACAAUUUUGGGCUGCAUUUUAGCUGAAUUGUUGCAAGUUAUAUAACUUCGAUAAUUCAUUGUUUAUAUAAUAUAAUUUUUUGCAUAACUCUGAAUAAAUUAGAGGCACGAGAUUUUAGCUGUCAAUUAUAGCAGUGUGAAUAAUUGAUCAUUAUCUGAGUAAUUAUUGAUCAUUAUCUGAGUAAUCAAUAAUUAAUAAGAUAUGAAUGUAUGUUUAUAUUGGAAAUAUUUUUAGCUACAACAUAAUUUCUUCAGCAGGCGACAGAAGAUUUGUUUAGGCAAACUGUAGAGGUGUCUGGAGUUUCUGAAAUGUUAUUUUCAAGGAAUGGUAAAUUGCACGUCUUUGCUCUUGCAUGUAUACCGUAUCACAAACAGCAAAAUGUGGGAAUGACAAUGUCUGAUUGGUCUGCCAGAAAUUGUAUUGACAUAGCUAAAAAUAGUUUCACAUUUUAACUAUGAUAGAUUAUGACAGGCAUAUAUUGGAAUGUAGUCACUUUCCUAAAUGUUUUGAUGUAAUUAUUUAAACAUUGCACUUUUUCGAGCAAGAGAGCAAGGAUCUGUGGAUAAUGGCUAUAUCCUGUAGAGGUCUUCUUAAGGAUGAAGUAACUUUAUUAUUCUUUCAAAUAGAGGCAAUUGUAAAUGUUCUGAAAAGCUGUGUUUUAUCUGAUCCAUUAAGUUAGUUUGGUUUAGGUUCCCUCUGUUUACCCCUCCCCCGCUAAUACCCCCACUCCAUACACACCAUUAUCAGAUGGCCCUUGCUGUACCUCUAGGGAAAACAGUUUGGAACUGAUAGAGCUAUCCAGAACAAAUAAAGUUAGUUUAGUUUUAGUUAUGUACUUACACAGAUGAACCAUGAUGCAAAUAUGUCUGGAGUUUAAUAACAAAAAACAAAUAUUUUCAGUUGGGAUUACUUUACCCACGACCAAGCAAGAUCUCGAGCAUAUCGCUGGGGUGAAGAUGGCCUGUUAGGUAUAACAGAUCGUGAAUGUCGACUUUGCUUUGGACUCGCUCUGUGGAAUGGAAAGGAUGCCAUUUUGAAGGAAAGAUUGUUUGGCCUUACUGGACCUGAAGGUGAAUGAAUAAAAAAGAAUAAUAUAAAUUGUUUUUAUUAAAAUGUUUCCUAUUACUUAGCAUGCAGAAAUUAGGAAUAAUUCGUUAGUAGUUACUUAUUCUAAUUCAUAUUUAAUGUUUAAUUUAAUAAGUGAUUUAUAAAUAUUUACCUCAUAUGAAGUAAAUAGUUAAUUAGGUAUUAGUUCAUUUGUGAUUAACUAAUUAAUGAUUAGUUAAUUAGUUAUUUGUUAAUUUGAUAUUAGUUAAUUAGUGAUCAUAAUUAUAAUUAGUGAUUGGUUAAUUGGUGAUAAGUUAAUUGAUGUUUGCAUGACGAUAAAAUAUAAUGGUUUUGUUUGUGGAAACACCACGUAAAUUUAUUACUGCAAGUAAUAAAUUUACGUGGUGUUUCCACAAACAAAACCAUUAAGUUAAUUGAUGUUUAGUUAAUUAACAGUUUGGCAAUUAUUGAUUGGUUAAUAAGUGAUUAGUUAAUGAGUAACUAGUACAAUAAUAGGUAAUUAAUAACUGGUAAGUACUAAUUAGCUGUAGCAAUUCCAAUCAAUGUUGAUUUAAUAGUAAUCAAUCAAUCACUGGAUUUAAUAACCAAUCAAUGUCGAUUUAAUUAGUAAUCAAUCAUUUGUAGUCAGUAAUUAGUGAUGGGUAAAGUGACAUCUAUAGGUGGUAAUUAAUAACUAUUAAUUGGUAUUUGAUAAUUAGUAAAGUUGUGUAAUUGGUAAUUAGUAAUUGAUAAUUAGCCAUUUCCCAAUCAAGCAGAGGACUGGGUCUAGUUGAUGUUUGGAGAGACGUUUGGAGGGACAACAAGUUAUAGUGAGCGAGCUAAAUAUAUAUUAAAAGAUGCCUUGUUAUAAUUGUUGCGUUUCAGGCUGCACAAAUAACUUUAGGAAUGUAGGAAAACUUCCUAGAUCCCUCCAAACUAGUCGCUUGACCCAGUCCUCUGCUCGAUUUGGAAAUGGCUAAUUGAUAGCUAGUAAAGUCAAAUAAAUAUUCAUUCUAAUGGACCAUUCCCCCAAUUAACCAAAAUUUUGAUCUCAACAAGUCUAGACAAAGAGCAUCACAAAAUUAGUAAUAUUCCAAAGUUUCGUUGCGAAAUGCUGUAAAAUGCGGAUAAUAUAACCUUGCGAAGUUUGCAAUUUUCAGUCAUUUUAGAUUACAAACGGAAAAUGGUUACCACUUUUCCAAAAUUUUGAUCUUAACUAGCCUAAACAAAAAUUUCAUCACAACUUAAAAGAGCAUCACAAAAUUAGUAAUAUUCUAAAGUUUCGUUGCAAAAUGUUGUAAAAUGCGGAUAAUAUAGCCUUGCGAAGUUCGUAAUUUUCAGUCAUUUUGUAUUACGCACAGAAGUGGUAACCAUUUCCCGUUUGUAAUCUAAAAUGACUGAAAAUUGCAAAUUUCGCAAGGCUAUAUUAUCCGCAUUUUACAACAUUUUGCAACGAAACUUUGGAAUAUUACUAAUUUUGUGAUGCUCUUUCGAGCUGUGAUGAAAUUUUUGUCUAGACUUGUUGAGUUCAAAAUUUUGGUUAAUUGGGGAAUGGUCCAUUAAUAUUGACAUGUUCUCUAACCGUUAUUUAACACGUAUCCUAGGUAACCACGGUGAGGAUGUAAAAGAAUGUUAUUACUAUCUGGAUUCUCUGCCGACACAUAGUUACAUGAAAGCUAUGUAUAAGUAUCCGCAAAAUGAAUAUCCAUAUCAGUGGCUGGUUGAAGAAAACAGACGAAGAACCGUCCAUGAUUUGGAGUUUGAACUUUGUGAUACAGGUAGAAACUUGGGGGAAGGGAUUUAAAUGUGGUCUACAGUAUAGUCCUGCAUAUAUAUAAGAACCUACUGUUUUGAAUAGCUUCUUAUGAUAUCAGCAAAAGCAAUGUGGACAAAGGAAAAAGUUGCUUUGCACGAACAAAUUUCCCUAGUCGGAACAGGCUUUAUGCAUGCGGGUUUUGAAAUUCCGGUAAAGUCCCCAUAGUUAAGUAUUUGAACUGACUUCUUAGACUCCUUGAACUGUCUUUUCCGGUGUAGGUAGUGCCAAUCAAAUGAACAAGCUUGCAUGAUGCAACUACCUUCUCAAACUCCGUAAUUUACAUAGUUUUGAAGUACUGGUACUUUGGGUUAAGAUUGCAAACGGCAAGACAGUUCGCAAACGGAAAACCGCAAGUCGUAUUUUGAAGUCAAUUGUUAGCUGUUCGAAGAUUGGACAACUUGUGCACUAAAAUUGAAGCAUCAGUUAGCUAAAAACAUGCCAAAACCUUCGAAAACGUAUAGAACGUUCUACGUACCUUCAUAUGCGAUUUGAAAAUUACGACAACGUACUGUAGACGAGUUGUGUGCUAAGUUGUAAGCAGAUUGCAUGCAGCAGUUUUGGGCAAAAGUUGCGUUUACAACAUUUCGCAACCAAACUUUGCAAUUUUACUCAUUUUAAUAUGCUCUUUCUAGCUGUGGUGAUUUAUUUGCAUCUCCUUGCCUAGUUUUAAAGUGCCUAUAUCAUGGUUUUGGAGUUUGCAUAUCUAGAAAGUUUAGGGUAUUUUAAAUUAAGACACUUUGCAAUAUUUUUUGUAAUUGAAAAAUUUCAUUUUGACGGAUUUAUUAGCUCUUAAAGUUACCGGACAUGACAUCAAAAGGAGAAUUUUGUUGCAAUGAUACAAAGGAAAACUGAUUUGCAAUUCUCCUUUUGACGUCAUGUCCGGUAACUUUAAGAGCUAAUAAAUCCAUCAAGAUGAAAUUUUUCAAUAACAAUAUAUAUUGCAAAGUGUCUUAAAAUACCCUAAACUUUCGAGAUAUGCAAACUCCAAAACCAUGAUAUAGGCACUUUAAAAUUAGUCUAUAAUGGGAAUUGCUAAUUGCUUUCUACCCUUAGGCGUAUUCGACGAGGGCAAAUACUGGGACGUUACGGCUGAAUAUGCAAAAAACGCACCAAAUGAUGUCCUUAUCAAGGUCACCAUCAGUAACCGUGGUUCGGAAGCAGCCACGAUCCACGUCCUACCCACGCUAUGGUUUAGAAACACCUGGAUCUGGGGUUGUACCCACGAGGGAUGUACCAUGAAGGCUAGGAUAGGACAGGACGGUGAGGGACGUGUAAGGACAAGGCAUGAUACGUUGGAGGAAUUUGUAUGUGACUUUGAGGGAUCCGAAGAAGGGAAAGAAGCAGUAUUGCUUUUUACUGAAAAUGAAACUAACAGUGAGGUAGGUUUAUCAUGCUUUGACAUAUUAUUCAGUCAGGCGUAUCGGAUAUCGGCGCUAAAUUCAAACUAUCGGUAUUUUUAUUGCCGAUAUUAUCGAUAUUGUAUUAUAACGACUUUAUACAAUAUAGUUUAAAUUCAUUGUCGAUUUCAAGUCACUUUUCAAUGCGCGGUUCCCAAGUUUCUUUGCAAUCUUGCCAAUUACGUUUCCAAGUUCGAAAAUUGGGCGCGAACUUCGCAACAAAGUUCGCAAGUUCAUUUCAAUGUUUGAACUUCGUUUGCAAACAAAUGUUCAUACUCAAUAAUAAUAACCAAUUCAAUGAAAUACAAACCUUCUUGGUAGACCACUGGACCAAGAACUUUCCAUUGAAUUGUUAAUUUCAACUUGAACUAUGAACAUUUGUUUACAAUAGAUCAAACAUUGAAAUGAACUUGCGAACUUUGUUGCGAAGUUCGCGCCCAAUUUUCGAACUUGGAAACGUAAUUGGUAAGUUUGCAACGAACUUGGGAACCGCGCGUUGAAAAGUGAUUUGAAAUCGACAAUAAAGUAUAUUUUGGAUUGUAUUAGACCGAUUCGAAAAAAUCGGAAUCACCGAUUAUUCAUGCAAUAAAAUCCCGACUUUCUUACAUUUCCUUUAAGAAACUAUACGGUGCUUCACAAUACACCCCCUACACCAAGGAUGCUUUUCAUCGCUACGUCAUCAACGGUGAGGGCGAGGCAGUCAGCCCUAAGAAGAAAGGCACCAAGGUCGCUGCACAUCACGUGUUAGAGAUCCAGGGGGGUGAGGAACGCGUGCUCAGAGUUAGGCUCACGAUUGCCAAGGACGCAUCGGAGAAGCCUUUCGGAGAAGAUUUUGAGAAGAUUUUUGAAAGUAGGAAGAAUGAAG